GAGUCAUAGCACUUCUGGCGCUGGGUGGAUGGGAUGACCAGGACCACCGUGCGCAUUGUAGUCUGAAGGUGAAGCAAUGUGGGCGCUGCAAGUGGGUUUCCAACAAGACCUCUUGGCAAGCCAAACACGGCUGGUUGGAUGCCCAAUAUGACCCAGACUCGCAGAGGUGGGGUGUGGGCUGCAAAUUGUGCGCCAAAGCCAGGCACAACCCAGAGAUCAGCCAACAACUGCCGCCUUCAAAGCAAUUGUUUGGUGGCUAUAGGGUUGUCGACAGCGGUGCUUUGCGGGAAUCUCGCUUCCAGAAGCAUGAGCAAUGUGCUUUGCAUCAAGCUGCUGUGGCGUAUCACAACUCCAAGUUGCCAGAUUCGGCGGCGCCUCCUCACGAGCACUGGCUGAAGGUCCUGGAUGACAUUGACAACUUCAGCGAGGGUGGCAUCAAGGGCAUUGGCUGUAGGAAGAAAGUGUCUCAGAUGCGCUGGUGCCUGGCAGAAGCACAGAGGGACAGGUACAGAGCAGCACUAUUGUCGGCCACCACAGUGACUCUCAAGCAAGACAAGCGGAAAGGAACCAGAUUCAUCAUGCGGUUCAAGUGCUGUGAUUCAAAGUUGCAAGUCACAGAAGGCACUUUGCAGAUGAGAAGGCAUGUCGGUGGGCCUGCCGCAGACGCCUCUGGUGCAGAUGGCCUGCGCUUGGCAACCAUGCAAGGCUUGAAAAGCAUAAGCACACCUGCAGCGCCGCCACACUGGUCCGCCGAAGCACGCAAAGAGGCCGAGAA